CUGGUCGUGGGAGGAGAAGGACGCGCAGAAAUCUCUCCGCCAGAACGUUUUCAUUCUAACGCGCUACGUUAUUCUUUCGUUUAUGUGAUUUCUGAGAGGUAAUACCUGAACAAGAAACAUUUAUGGUCAGUGUCGUCAUACAAUGUACAACAGAAACGAACGGAAGCCAGAUCUUGAGCGAGCACCAGUUUCCGGAAUGUAAUUCUUGGAAUACGAAAGUGACAAAUUACUAAAUAAUAAAAACAAAACGCGAGCAAGCACAGUCAAGCUCAAGUCUAUACCACGCCAAAAUGACCUUUUUAAGAAUAGUGGCUCCUCAGUGGCGCACCUUCGUCCUCGUCCUCACGCCGCUCCUCUUCGGGAUUUUCCCUCUUCUUAUUCCGACGUCGGAGGCGAGAUGCGGCUACGUCAUCCUCGUCAUGGCCGUGUACUGGAUGACGGAGGCGAUUCCCCUGGCCGUCACCGCCCUCAUUCCGGUGUUCGCGUUCCCGCUGCUGGGGAUCCUGUCGACGGGGAAGGUGUGCCUCGUCUACAUGAAGGAGACCAACAUGAUGUUCCUGGGAGGCCUCACGGUCGCCAUAGCCGUGGAGCACUGCAAUCUGCACAAGAGGAUUGCGCUCUUCGUCAUCCUGCACAUUGGUACGUCCCGUUAAGGCUGAUACAAUUGUUGUUACGUUUUCCUCUAGUUUUUAUAUCGUAGGAUACAAAAGUAACUUUUUUAUAUCACAGUUAUUAAAGUAAUUAACACAUCAUUUAGUUAGAUUUUUAAAAUUUAUUUAUUUAUGCAGAUCCAAGGUAGUAUCAUCGUCCACUACAAGUAGCUGCUGACAGAAAUACUUAAAUAGUUCUAUAACAAAGUCCUUAUUAUCUUGAAAUAUUGAUUAGAUGAAUUCAAAAUACAUCAUUCAUCAGUUGAAGUCCUCAUUCAUCAACAUUACUAUCAUACAAAGGGAUUUGGAUCAUGCAAUCUUA